GCUCUGAAAAAGAUAACCCCACAAAAUCUGGUUGCGAAACAGCUGGAAAAGUGGAAGACGAAGUUUAUACGUGAAUUCCUGAUGGGAAAAAAGUUAUGAUGGUCAAGAGGGACUAAAAGGAACCGUGUGAGGAUGUUUGAACAUGUUUAGUGAACUGUUACAGCAUCAAAUGCAGACACUCGAGGAAAACAUCGACUCUGAGGUUUCUUCUUAUUUUUUCCAAGAAUAUCCCAAUUAUUUGGUCAAUCUGUAAGGAAAUCAUGGGAAGUUUUAAAGGCCAUGCAUUGCCUGGAAGUUUCUUCCUGAUCACUGGUCUGUGGUGGGCUUUGAAGCAGACGUUUUUGUACGCCACCCGCAGGAACAAAAGUGCUGGUGCGGGCAGACUUGCAUCUCGAGCUACGCAGCGACGCAUAGAAAUAAUAGAAGGAGCUGUCAUUUUAUCAUUUUCUAUUAUUGGUAUGUUAGCAGAGCAGCUUUUAGCAGGUGGGCCGAAGUUUCAACUGUAUGAUUCUUCCACUCAGCACUGGGAGCAGCUGAUGAACUGGCAGCACACCACCAUGUACUUGUUCUUUGCCAUCGCAGGGGCCAUAUCUCUUACUGUACACAGCACAGACAUCGCCCCAUUGGCUUUAGACCGUAUGCUGCUGGGUCUUGCUUUCUUUAAUGAGGGAUUUCUGUUCCUUUAUCAUCUCCAUGGCAGAAACAUGCUUGAUGUCCAUGUGCACACACUUCUACUCUAUGCCAUCUUUGGGCAAGCUUUCAUCUGCCUUCUGGAGGUUUUCCACAGGGGGAAUAUUCUACUAGAACUGCUCAGAGCCACUCUCACCGUACUGCAGGGCAGCUGGUUCUGGCAGAUUGGCUUCGUACUGUACCCGCCCAGUCAAGCGAAAUGGGAUCAGACAGACCAUGACAAUGUUAUGUUUGUCACCUUAUGCUACUGCUGGCACCUUGCGUUUGCAUUGCUCACUGUAGCUGUAGUGUACUGGUCUGUUCUAUGUGCUGUGUGUUCCAGACUGAGGAGGAUGCCGCCCAUGGAAAUGGGGCUUUUGAAACCAAGGGAGAAGGAAGUAGAGUCUGAAGACGAAAUUUUAUGAGUGUUUAUCGUCUUUACACUUUCAACCCUGCAUCCAAAAGCAUUUGUGCCUUAGACCAAAAAAAUAUGGAGACAGAGAGUGAGAGAUAGAUAGAGAGGCAUUGUCACUAUAUAUUAGCUUUGUUUUAAUUUCCUGAAGGCAGAUGAAAGGCGACAAACAGUGGCAGUCUUGUCUCCAAAGAUCGUAGUAGUGUAAAAUCUCUCACUCAUGUUCCCAGUACAAUCAAUCUAGUUACAACAAUCUUAUCUUAUGUGGUCAUUCCUUUUUAUUUCGUUAUAUCACUUCCACUUCAUUUCUCUGAUGCACCUCAGGACCAACCUCUGAAAAAUUUGUUAAAACUUGAUUCUUUUCUAUAAAAGUUUGGAUUAAGUUGAUCGUAUAUGAUGUAUUGAUUAUUUUUGGGUCAUUAUGUACACUGUUUGUUGUCAUUACAUAAUUUUCUCUUUGACACAGUACUGUGUAAAUUUGAAUAUUUUCUUUGUGUGCCUUGUCAAUAUUUUAUGUGUUGUCACAUAAAGAGGUUAUCAUAUUUUUAUCAUAUUAUUUUUAGUGGUACUAUAUGAUCUACAUGCUGAAAUUAUUAUAUUUUAACUCCCCUAAGAUUUUGGGGGUUUGUAAGUCACUUUUCAGUCAUCAGAUGAUGAUACUUUUCUAUUUUCUUGAAAGUUUUUAAAAGCCAUGACAAUUCCUAUGUUAGUCUGAUGUGUUCAUUUGUGCCAUGGUAUAAAAAAAAAUCAGGAUCGACCAUUGCAUGUGGAAUCUUGAUAUUAUAGUAUCUUAUCACAUGCAUUUAUUGAUUAAUUUAAUUUGACUUGAUAAGUACAUUUUGAAAAAACUAAAAGCUUUUUCCAAUAAAAUAUUUUAUUAAUAUA